AUGGAUCCCGGCAUAUCGGCACACCCACCAUCCCGCUCACUACAUGGAAAAGUCGCCAUUGUAACGGGUGCAGGUUGUUUGGACGAUGGAAUUGGCAAUGGACGGGCAAUUGCAAUUCUAUUGGCAGAUGACGGUUGUGACGUUAUUUGCGUGGAUCUCAAUCUGAUCUGGGCAAACAAGACCGUCAAUAUGAUUACAUCCAAAUCUGGACGAGGGCGUGCUCUUGCUUUCCAAGCAGACGUUACCUCAGAAGCGAGCUGUGAAUCUAUAGUUCAAUUUGCAGUGGGAAACUUUGGUCGUAUCGAUAUUUUGGUGAACAACGUUGGCGUUGGUGGCGCACCAGGAACAGCCGUCGAAGUGGAUAUGGCACAGUGGGCGAAAAGCAUGGAAAUCAAUGUUUCCAGCAUGGUGCAGAUGAGCAAAUACGCCAUCCCAGUCAUGACACGCAACAGCGGCGAGAUCAAAGGCAGUAUUGUGAAUAUGGGCAGUGUGGCCGGUCUCAAAGGGGGCACGCCACAUUUACUUUAUCCAACAGCAAAGGGGGCUGUUGUCAAUCUGACUCGUGCCAUGGCGGCCCAUCAUGCUACGGAUGGGAUUAGGGUCAACUGCGUGUGUCCUGGAAUGCUUUAUACGCCUAUGAUGUAUGGGAAGGGGAUGAGCGAAGAGGCAAGAGAGGCUCGCCGUAAGCGAAGUCUUCUCGGUACUGAAGGAACCGGCUGGGAUUGCGCUGGGGCAGUGGUGUUUCUCGCAGGCCCCCAUGCCCGAUGGAUGACGGGAGUGAUACUUCCAGUUGAUGCAGGGACAACUGCAGCUGUCGGAAUUGGAAUGACAAAGAGUGCAAGUGUAAAUGGAUAA